AUGUCCGCCGCUAUUCAGACUAAGUCAAUCGAGAUCCACUUCAAGUUGAAGGCGGGUAAGAAACAUCCAAAGCAGGUACUCCUCCAGGAGCUACAAGAGCACUACGGUAUGGAAAAUGUCGCCUAUAAUGAUAGCAGAAAGAACCACCUCACCAUUACUAUCAAAAAGAGCUGCGACACAUAUGAGCAGAUGAAGGAAGAGCUUUGGCCCAAGCUCAAGGCGACUGAUGUUUUCAAGACUUGGGAGGCGGAAAGAAUCAUGGUUCUGCAUGCGGACAAUCACUGUUCGUACCCCUUGGGGAACCCCUACCCGGGCCAGUAG